AUGGGGGACACAGACGUAAUUUUGAACACUUGUACUGAUGAAGAAGUUGACAGAGAAAAUGACAAUUUUCUUACAGAGCUACUUUUGGGUCUUGUCUUAAAAGUAGCAGCUGCAUUAGCAUUGACAUCGACUUUUUACGAAAACCCAAAGAAACUUUUUACAAUGUCUGAUGAGGGUAGUCCAAGAGCAUACAUUUGCCAUUUCUCUGACGACGAGGUGGCUAACGAUAACUGGCCGGAAAUCGAGUUCCGAUCACCGGAGGACGAAGCGUGGUACGGAGUUGAUGUGUGGGAUAUGUGCGACUCUUUGGUGGUUACCUUCAACGGCUUCCCUUGCGAGUACGACGAAGUCUAUGCACCUGACGGUUUCAAGAACUCCGACGAGAUCAAAGAGUUCGAAGAAAGAUUCCGUGCUACUUCCGUUCAGAUGCAAGACCUCGAGUGCUCUACGCUCUCCGAAGGCACGAAAGUCUGCGCCACGUGUCCUUCCGUCACCGGCGAAGUCAAAUUCUACGACGCUGUCGUCGUUCACGUGGAGAGGGAGAUGCAUGGUUGGGAUGAAGAAGGGAAGGAGGUGUGUGGAUGCGAUUUCAAACUUCACUGGAACAAAGGUCCUUCCGUUGACAAGACCACAUCUGCAAAAGUUGGAGACAUUUGUCUUAUACAGGAGGAUAACCGAAUGAAUCCUAAAGUGGUCUCGUUCUUGAAAGAAGCUAGAAGGCAGCUUCAUGGAGGACCUCACCAAGGGGAAGAGACAGAGUGGCAAAAGAUAGUUAAGAAGGUCGCUUCUGCUUUGAGAAACUACAACUUAAGCUCCUCUGCUCCAGAGAAUCACGGUUAA